AUGCUACCCGGACGGUGCCCGUGGCGUUCGCAUCAUGAUUACGAACGGCAUCCUGAUGGAGACAUUGCUGUAACCGGGAAUUACGUGCCAGAUCUGAAGGGCAUUCUCGCCUUGGUUGAGGAGAGCCAUUUUAAGAUUUGCCCAGAUGUUCCCUUUGCAGGAUGGGACGUUGUACUCAGCGCUGACGAGAACUUGCCCGUUUGCCUCUUGGAAGUAAAUCUUUCCUGCAAUUUCUUCCGUGGGUCGUUCGACAAGAAGAUGUAUCUCGACUUCAUUGAUGAUUCGUUCUCUAAACUACAAUCAUUGCGACUGGCGGCUGACGGAAGGUCUUCUUAA